AUGCAGAAUUUGGCGUACAAAACGGUCCGCGGUGGGGCGUGGGGAAAAUGCGCCUCGCGUAUCGUUAUUGCACAUGGCCUUCUUGGCAACAGUUCGAAUUGGUCGACGGCAGCUCGUCGCCUGGCGGAGCAUGAGCUUAUUCGUCCCAAACUGCACGAAGUCAGCAUGCUUGACAUGCGCAAUCACGGGGAAAGCCCGCAUGCUCCAAAUCAUACAAGUGCGGCGAUGGCAUCGGACCUUGAGCUGUUCGUCAUGCAGCGCGGGCAGCAGCAUCAGGAUGACGAAGAGCGAAGCGACGACGAUGGUGUUGUGCUGAUCGGCCACAGCAUGGGAGGCUUGGCGCUAAUGGCAACUAUGCUGCGCCGCACCAACGAGGCGGCGCUGCUGCUGCCCAGCGCGGAGGAGCUGCAGGCCCGCUGCGAGCAGGGCGAGUACUACGGAUGGAGCGACGAGCAGAGCUACGCANAGGAAAUGCGUUCUGCCAACCAAGCCAUGGGCUUCCCUCCGCAGCAGCCGCUCUUGGACGUGCUUUACUGCUGCGGUGGCAACUCUGUUGCAUCGUCGAGGGAGCAGCAAAAAACGCGGAAAAUUCCCCGCGUGAAGGCUGCUGUCAUUGUCGACAUUGCACCGACGACGCGACUUGGGACGGGGCGGGAGGCGUCCGACAGUGUGGCUGCAACGCUUGACGCCAUGACUGCGGUAGACUUGUCGCACGUGCACAGCUUUAGUGAUGGCGGCGCUGCACUGGAACGCGCGGGUGUGCGAGACAAGGACAUGCGGGAUUUUAUUCUGACAAACCUCCGCCUGAACUCGAAGACGGGGGAGGCGAAGUGGCGCUGCAACCUCCCCGUGCUGCGCGCGGACUACAGAAAAAUGGAGUCCGGCUUGUGGCAGUGGUACGUCAAUGCCGACGAGAGGAGGGCGCAGCAUGCGCCCAAUGGCAACACCAGCAUGGUGGGCCCGGAGCGGUGCACGCUGCCGACGCUCUUUGUGUUCGGAGAGAAGUCACCGUACAACAACACUGCAGACCGCAAGAUGAUUGAUCUCUUUUUUGCGAACGCCACACAGGCUGAGGUGGCGGGCUCUGGUCACUUCGUCCACUACGAGAAAUUGCCAGAAUUCAUUACGGCGGUUGCACCAUUUAUCGCGAAACAUCUCUGA